AUGACCACCAUCGCUGCACCCGCCACCAUGGUCAACAACACCGUGAACGUCAGAUGCGCUGUUUAUGACCACAAUAACAGGUGGGCCAGAGAUGUCUCGCUCGUGGUAUCUUCCCAAACACUGGUCGCAGAGUUGAAGGAGAAGGUCAAGGAGGCCAUGGCGCCCAAUUUUGACCACAUCGCUCCGAGCAAGCUCACUCUGCGGAGGAGGGUCAGCGACCUGAUGUCGCUCUCCCAUCACGAUGUCGAAGAAUUUACCGAUGAUGAGGCACUGCUCGUGUGGCUGCCUGAUCCUGCCAACGACAUCCCCACUACAGCCCAGGACUUUACCUCUGUUAGUUCUCGUUCUAAUCCAGACCGCGAUUUAGUCACUUUCAAAUAUUCUGGCCAAGUUUCCAGCGUCAAGUGGGAUCGGGCGGUCACCGAGAAUGAAUUUGAUCGGAAUGGAUGCCUCCAGCAACCUGCAAAGGAUAUAGUGGACAUGGUGAGACGACCGCCGGAUGGCGAGUCAAAGCUGUCACUCUCCGCCGUUGCUGCAGUUCUCCCUCAACUCUCGACGAGAGAAGGCAAGAUGCACGAUUUUGCCAAGUUGUUCGAUAACUUAUUUGACGAGAAUAGCUCUGCUCCCCCAUAUGUGGCCUGGAAUCUUGAGUUGGCCCAUUUCGCUUUCGCUGCUGCACACUCGGUGUCACCGUGUGAGCGUGGACAGGUAAUGGAGGGGGAGACACGUCGCUUGGUGCUCGACUGGUUCGAGACAUUUUGGAUGAAGGAGGUUGACAAACUUGGCUGCAUUUAUAACGAAGCUAUCCCUUUCCCUGUUAUCAUUCAUCUAACCCAGGAAAACGAGAGACGCAAGUAUACACCGCGACCUGAUGCUACCUUCUUACAGCACGGUAUCCCUCGUAUUCUGGUCAAAAUUGAUUCGCAAUGCAAGAAUCUGGAUGAGUACCGGCUCAAUGUCUAUGCGGCGUGUGUGCUACGGCGCAUAGCGCGCCUCGGAGAGGAUGAUCGCGUCAAAGACGAAUAUGACAAGAAUGUUUUCCUCAUGGCUGUGUUCUUCUCUGAAAAAUGGGAAAUAAAUCGCUACUUUUUCUUCAUGGACGAUGAUGAUAAAGUCUGCCGUGAUCUGAAAACUUUUGAUAUGGGGGAUCCUUUUCAAUUAACGCAUUUCCUGCGUGAGUUCUACAAUUAUGCAUUCUACAUCGGAAAAGGAGGAGCCCUGAGGCCAGAUAUGGAACAAAUUUGGGAGAAGAUUGUCGGAAGUAUCAAAAAGAGUUUUCAUACUAAUGACCACUUGAACACCGGGGAUAGUGACAAACAAUGUAGUCAGCGAGGGGGUCCGGGUUCAAAGCAAUAUAGCGCCAUGGACAUCCGCAACGUGAUGACUGACGCUCUCAAAGGAACGUGUUUCCAGUUACAAGUAGAUCCCGAGGGUUUUGCCCCCCUACAUGAGGCAAGUGUUUGA